CUGAACUGAACUAGACAGGUGACAAGAUCGAAGUGAAUCAAAUAGAAGACGGGUACCAUAAGCCCAGAUAAAGUUAGUUUGUUAUUAAGACGCGAAGCAUUCGGAUGCUCGUAAAAAUCACGCGAAAAGAACUUUCUACGAAAAAGAAACAUUAUUAUUAAUAAUUUAAAGUGUGUAUGAGUUCUAAAAAUAAGUAACACACCAUUUGUUAAAACCAUAUAAAUUUAGAAAAUAUUGAAUAAAUAAAUCUAAAGGACUUUGUAAAUUUCUUGUAGAAGAAUAUCAUAUUAAGUCAAGAUGUCAUCGCCAACGUUUAGAUUGAAUGAAUCGACGACGGUAGUUGAUCGAUUGGUUAACUUUUUUGUGGAACAUGAAGACUUACGCACAAAGAGUUGGUUUUUAUCUAACGCACCAGGUCCUCUCUUUAUGAUAUUGGGUGCAUAUUUAUAUUUUUGUCUAUAUGCUGGUCCUAGAUAUAUGCGCGAUCGCAAACCAUUCGAACUGAAGAAUACAUUAUUGGUGUACAAUGCGGUACAAGUUGUCUUAAGUUGGGUGCUGUUUUAUGAGGGAUAUAAAGGCGGCUGGGGUGGUCACUACAAUUUUAGAUGCCAACCUGUUACAUAUGCUACAGAUCCUAUUUCUAUGAGAAUGGCUCGUGCAGUUUGGCUUUACUAUAUUGCAAAAAUUACUGAACUCUUGGAUACCGUAUUUUUUGUAUUACGUAAAAAGGAUCGUCAGAUUUCCUUUUUGCAUUUAUACCAUCAUACAUUAAUGCCAGUUUGCGCUUUUAUCGGAGUUAAAUAUUUUGCUGGUGGUCAUGGUACAUUACUUGGAUUUAUUAAUUCCUUUAUUCAUAUAAUUAUGUAUGCCUAUUAUUUGCUCUCUGCGAUGGGUCCGAAAGUACAAAAAUACUUAUGGUGGAAGAAGUACAUUACUAUCUUACAAAUCGUUCAAUUCUUAAUUAUCUUCGUGCACACGUUGCAGAUUCAGUUCCAACCUAACUGUGCAUUCCCAAAACCAAUUGCUGCUUUAUUGACAUUUAAUGCAGGCCUCUUUACUUACAUGUUCAGUUCGUUCUACGUUAAAAAUUAUAAUAAGGAUAAGAAACAUGCAGCCGCUUUAAAAGCCGCCAAAAAGGAAUAAAAUCAUUGUACAACUAAACCAUUUUCCUUUAUCUAUGAAUACUUUAAACAUUAAUCUUUUCAGUUCUAACAUUAAGACUAUAAAGUUUUUUGCAAGCCACUAAUAGAAUUUGGAUUAAGGAUUAAUUACCAUUAGCUAAAUUAGGAAUUAAGUGCUAAACUAAUGUAAUUUUAUACAUACAUAGGUAGUAGUUUUAUAACAAUUAUACGAUUAUGUAUAAUUAUUUUAAAUCAAUACCGUACACGAUUAAACUGUUAAUACACAACUUAUUAUUAUUAAUUAUUAGAUUUUAAGUUUAUCAAUGCAACAAUAUAAAAAUUAAUUUAGAUGAAUUAGUUGAAAUGAAUAUCCUUCCUUGUUUUUAAGUGGUAAAAGGAGAGUGCAAUAGAACCAAAUAUAAAUAUUAGCUUAUUCUUAAGGGUUCAUUAUAAAUAUGUAUGUAUGUAUGUACAUAUACAUACAUGUAUGUAUUUUUGCUGUAUUGUUUUCAAUUAUAUUUAAGUCGACAUAUCUUGCUGAAUUAAACAAUAACACAAAGUAAAAAUUUCAUUAAAAUAGUAUUAAAGAUUAAAAUAGUAUGUCUUAUACAAGUGUAUAAAUUGUACUUAUAAGAAUGAACCAACGUAAAUACAAACUGUCAAUAUUAUAUACAUAUGUAUUUAAAGUACUGCUCAAAAAUAUAGCUCACCUUGUAUUAAGUUUUUAUUCUUUUCAUAUUAUUAAUAAAAAUUAAGUCAGAAAAACA